UAAAUAGAUAAAACCCCCACUAAACCUCUGUUGAAAACUUGGGAUGAACCACCAUCAUCUCUUCCUCUCUUCUCUACGACGCCAACAACCUCAUGGAAGUUUAUUCCCGUCUCUCCUCACCGCCGCCCUUUGCCCGAACUCUUCUCUUCCCUGUAACGAAGCUUGGUGGGAGUCAAAGGCUAUCUGGGUACGCGAGAAAUUCAUGGAAGAUGAGAAAUUUUGUCGUCAGGGCCGGUCCUAAGAGGAUAUCUUUUGGUAAAGAAUGCAGAGGGGCCUUGCUAGCUGGUAUUGAUAAGUUAGCUGAUGCUGUUUCUGUCACUUUAGGACCUAAAGGCCGCAAUGUUAUUCUCUCUGAACAGGGAAUGCUUAAAGUGAUUAAUGACGGGGUUACAAUUGCGAAAGCUAUUGAGCUUUCUGAUGCAAUUGAGAAUGCAGGAGUGGUUCUGAUCCAAGAGGUUGCUAGUAAAAUGAACGACUUGGCUGGCGAUGGAACCACCACCGCAAUAAUUUUGGCACGUGAAAUGAUCAAAUCUGGAUUAUUGGCAGUUUCCUUUGGGGCUGAUCCAGUUUCCUUAAAGAAAGGAAUGGAUAAGACUGUAAAGGAGUUAAUCAAGGUCUUAAAGAAGAAAAGUACUCCUGUACAAGGAAAAGAUGAUAUUAAAGCUGUUGCAAUGAUAUCUUCUGGAAAUGAUGAAUAUGUGGGGAACUUAAUUGCUGAAGCAAUAGAAAAGAUUGGUCCUGAUGGUGUGAUCUCAAUUGAGUCAUCCAAAUCCUCUGAAACUUCUGUAAUAAUAGAGGAAGGAAUGAAGAUUGAUAAAGGUUAUAUGUCGCCUCAGUUUAUUACAAACCAAGAUAAGUCUAUUGUGGAGUUUGACAAUGCAAAAGUCCUAGUAACCGAUCAAAGAAUUUCUACUGUCAAAGAAAUUGUCCCUUUGUUGGAAAAGACCGUACAACUUAGUCUUCCUCUGCUGAUAAUCGCAGAGGACAUCUCAAGACAAGUUCUAGAAACCCUAGUGCUGAACAAGGUACAGGGUUUAAUUAAUGUGGCCGUUGUAAAAUGUCCUGGGCUUGGUGAAAGAAAGAAAGCUCUAUUGCAAGAUAUUGCACUAAUGACAGGUGCUGAUUUUCUCUCUGGAGAUUUGGGACUAGGACUUGAGGGUGCUACUUCGGAUCAGCUUGGAAUUGCUAGGAAAGUAGUUAUAACAUCUAAUUCAACAACAAUAGUUGCAGAUCCCUCGACUAAAGCUGAAAUUCAAGCAAGAAUUUCACAGAUUAAGAAGGAUCUUGUUGAAACAGAUAAUUCCUACCUCUCAAAAAAGCUGUCGGAGAGGAUUGCUAAGCUUUCUGGUGGAGUUGCUGUCAUCAAGGUCGGAGCACAUACUGAGGUGGAACUUGAAGACAGAAAACUCAGAAUUGAGGAUGCAAAGAAUGCUGUAUUUGCUGCCAUGACUGAAGGAAUUGUUCCUGGUGGAGGUGCUACCUAUGUUCAUCUGUCUGAAUUGCUUCCUACCAUAAAACAAUCAAUGGAAGAUCAAGAUGAGCAGAUUGGUGCUGAUAUUGUGGGCAAGGCACUUCUUGCACCUACAAAACUCAUUGCAAGUAAUGCAGGGGAUGAUGGAGUAGUUGUUGUGGAGAAAACUCGAGCAUGUGAUUGGCGACAUGGGUAUAAUGCAAUGGCAGACAAAUACGAAGAUCUUUUUAAUGCUGGUGUAGUAGAUCCUUGCCUUGUUUCAAGAUGUGCGCUUCAGAUUGCAGCCUCAAUUACCGGGAUCGUUUUAACGACUCAAGCCAUUAUGGUAGAGAAAACAAAUAAGCCAAAACCACCCAUUCCUCUUGUUCCUGGGAUAUCUCCAUGAAUGCAAAAGAAAAGAAAAAUAGAUAAUCCCAAGAGUUGACAUGAAACGAUAAAAGAGAGAUUGGCUGAACUCGCCAUGGUUUAUCUACUAAGCUUCUGAGCUUGAGUUGAAUGAGGUAAAGAAUGAAGAAGCUUUCAGGUUUUUAUGAAGCAUUAAGGACAGCUCCCAUUUUCACCUGAUAAAGGAUGUCUUGCCAAUUGCCAAUAUGAUGAAGGAAUUUAAUUUAUAGGAAUUAGGUUAACUCCUCUGGAAAAAAUCAUUAUUGCAAGAAAAAUACUUGAGGCAGAAAAGUUUCUCUGUUUUCUUAUUACCACAGUUUUGCAAUAUCAGGUUUUUCUGUUGUAAAUAUGAGCAUUUUGUAAUGACUAUCUUCAUAUCCAUAGAAAUGAUUCAGGUUGGAUUGGCCCAAAA